AUGACUCUCAAAUCAGCAAAAGCAAUUUGGGAUUAUCUGAAGAGAGAAUAUACUGGAGAUGAAAAAAUUCGAAGCAUGCAAGUGCUUAACUUGAUGAGAGAAUUUGAACUUCAAAGGAUGAAAGAGUCUGACACAAUCAAGGAGUAUCUAGACAAAUUUUUGGGUAUUGCCAACAAGAUAAAAGUAUUGGAAAGUAAUUUUAUAGAUUCCAAAAUUGUUGAGAAAAUUUUGGUGACCGUACCAGAAAGGUAUGAAGCAUCUAUUGCUUCUUUGGAAAAUACAAAGGAUAUUUCUAAAAUCACUCUUGUUGAAGUGAUACAUGCCUUCCAGGCCCAAGAGCAACGAUGA